AUGGAUGUGCCGGGGCCGGGGGCCCACAGAGUAUCCUCGGCGGCUACGGCCACGGCGGCCACCAUGCUGCUGCGUACGGCUCGCUUCCCGCGGGAGUGCUGGUUCCUGCCCACGGCCCUGCUGUGCGCCUACGGCUUCUUCGCCAGCCUGAGGCCGUCCGAACCCUUCCUGACCCCCUACCUGCUGGGAAGCGAUAAGAACCUCACGGAGAGACAGGUCUUCAAUCAAAUUUACCCAGUCUGGACCUAUUCCUAUUUGGUGCUGCUGUUUCCUGUAUUCCUCGCCACAGACUACCUCCGAUACAAGCCUGUCAUCCUGCUGCAGGGAUUCAGCCUUAUUGUCACAUGGUUCAUGCUCCUUUAUGCCCAAGGCUUGCUGGCCAUUCAGUUUCUGGAAUUCUUCUAUGGUAUUGCCACAGCCACAGAAAUUGCCUAUUACUCUUACAUCUAUAGUGUGGUGGACCUGGGCAUGUACCAGAAAGUCACCAGCUAUUGCAGAAGUGCCACCCUUGUGGGUUUCACUGUGGGCUCGGUCUUGGGCCAGAUCCUGGUCUCUGUGGCAGACUGGUCCCUGUUCAGCUUAAUCGUCAUCUCCUUGACCUGUGGGUCAAUAGCUUUUGCCCUGGCCUGGUUUCUGCCCAUGCCACAGAAAAGCCUCUUCUUCCACCAUGUUGACCCAGCCUGCCAAGGAGUGAAUGGCAUCAAAGUGCAGAAUGGUGGCAUCAGGAACACCCCAGCCUCCAGUCAUCUUCCUGGCUGGGAGGAUAUGGAGUCAAAGAUCCCUUUAAAUAUGGAAGAGCCUUCUUCUUCUGAAGAGCCGGAACCCAAGCCAGAUCACCUGCUCGUGCUGAAAGUCCUGUGGAAAGACUUCCUGAUGUGCUACUCCUCACGCCCACUGCUCUGCUGGUCCGUGUGGUGGGCCCUCUCUACCUGUGGCUACUUCCAGGUGGUGAACUACACCCAGGGCCUGUGGGAGAAAGUGAUGCCCUCUCACAAUGCCACCAUCUACAACGGGGGCGUCGAGGCUGUUUCAACAAUGCUGGGGGCUGUUGCAGUGUUUGCAGUUGGCUAUAUAAAAAUAUCCUGGUCAACCUGGGGUGAGAUGACAUUGUCCCUCUUCUCCCUCCUGAUUGCUGCUGCAGUGUAUGUCAUGGACAAAGUGAAUAACAUCUGGGUGUGCUAUUCAUCCUACGUGGUCUUCAGAAUUAUUUACAUGCUGCUCAUCACUAUAGCAACGUUCCAGAUUGCCACCAACCUCAGCAUGGAGCGCUACGCACUUGUGUUCGGUGUGAACACUUUCAUUGCCUUGGCCCUGCAGACGCUGCUCACGCUGAUCGUGGUGGAUGCCAACGGCCUGGGUUUAGACAUCACCACUCAGUUCCUGAUCUACUCUGGCUACUUUGCACUCAUAGCCAUAAUUUUCCUCAUUAAUGGCGCAGUCAGUGUUAUGAAGAAGUACAGAAGGCGGCAGGAGCCAGAAUCCAGCUCCCCGGGGACCAGCGCGUGACCCGCGAGAGCCGGACCCACGAGAGCCGGAGCGCCGCUUUCCCUAGGAGGCAGGGCGGGAGCAGCCGGAUCCUAGAAGCUGGCCUUCUUACUACAUUAUUUAUGUGAGAGAAUUUAAGGGCGACUUUCUCGCCCUCUUUAAACGUCUACUUGCUGAUGUGAAAGCAGCUCCGGAUCAAGGGAAAGGUGGGCCAAGGGAGGGCCUUCUGCACGGGAUCAGAAGGCAAAGCACAGAGUUCAAAGGGCCUGUGAUGGGCCGCGGCACCAGGGGGUCAAGUUCUUUGGACAGACUGGGGGUGCCUGCAGUGCUUCUCUCUCUGUUCCGCCCGGGACCACGGGACCACGGCUUCAUUUUUGUCUGCUGUCAUCCCAUCUUUGUUUGUAAAAACUGUUUGCUGAGGUUCUGUUCCCCAAUGAAUCCACGUGGGGUAUUUAUUUUAAGUUAUUGUUUUCAGCCCGAGUAAGUGUUCUCUCCUAUGUGUGUAUCCUCGCAUCAGUACAUGCCGCAUUACUCUGCUUCCCACAGAAGCUCGCCUAGCCACAGGAGUGGGAGCUAGCGUGAGGCCUGUUGCCACAUGAACUAGACUUUGUCAAGAACCUUCCUGACACAGAAUUCUUCCAGAUGAAGGACUCUGAUUUUAUAAUGGAACUUAGAAUCGUGGGGUGGGCUGCGGCCCCUCACUACAGUACACUAGCUCACUGUCUCCCUCUCAUCCGAGGUGAGGCGGGCACACAGAACCGUUCCCAGGCGGUGGUUGGGUUUUGUUGUAUUUUGCACAAAAGGAACCGUGUAAUGUGUAAGGCAGGACUGAGAUGGAGUUGACUGUUGGGUUCCUUACCUGAAAAAUGCCUUUCUGUUCAGAAGUGGAUUGUCUUAAAGAUUGGAUCGAGAUUAGAAUUUGAUAGUGUUUCUAUUUCCAAGUUACAUGAAGGAAAGAAAUCUUUCCAUUUGAUCCUGAAAUGUCUCCUAUGUGGCUGCCAGUGUGUGUGAAACUUACCUGUAUUUAUGUCACUGAGAAGCCAAUCAAGCCGAAAUGGUGUUGCCUUAUGUGGCUACUUUUAGGUAGCUGCUCUUAGCUGAGCAUUUUUUUUUUAAUUUAGAAGGUUAUAACUAAACCAUGUUAAUGAUGUGGAGAGGAAGGGGAUGAUAAGUGGCAGCUGUCCACCUACUUGGUUGGGACAUAAGCUAUUUGAUGGGGAUGGUGGGUUAUUCCUUACACAUUUCCUUGAAGAUGAAGAGGAUGGGCAGGAACAAGCAAAAGGAGAAAGCAGGAAAUUAAUUAUUUCUUGGAAGUUACAACUUCUGACUACUGGAUUUAGGGAUUUCUUGCAUUGCUUUCUCAUGAGGAUUGUUCAUUCUAAAACAAGUCACAGUUGUCACAAGGUGUUUUAGGUUAUUUUUUAAAUGAUGAACUGGAUGAUAACAUAAUCAAAGUAUCUGGCUACCAAAGCAUUAUUUCCCUGUUCUCCGAAUGUCAAGUAGAAAACAAACUUUUCGUUGUGCAGUGAGUUUUUAGAAGAAUCCAAUUUGCACAGAUGUCCUUACUGUAUACAGUUUUGCAAACAAGUGAAUAUUAUUGGUUGUAUAUUUUAUUCAAUUCUGUAUAGAUUAUAAAAUUAUUUUUAUCAAAUAAA